AUGGUUCACAGUUCUCGCCGAGUGCCUACUCUUCCCCUAUGGCAACCCAAGACCCUCUUCAGCGCAAACCAAACCGUAUCCUACCUCCCCAGCCAGACAACCCCGGACUCGAACACGUCGUCUCUAAACUUCCGAUCCGGCCCAUGGAAACUCCUGGUGACAGACAUCAAGCUAGUUGCCACGCUCCUCCUUUGGGUUCCCCACAUUUUCCUUCCCUGGCGAAGCACAAACCCAUAUUCGGAGCUGUACCCGUCAUGGAAAAACAUGCGUGAUUUGGGGCUGCACAUUGUGCUCGGUUUAAUAGGUUCCGUCUGGUUGAUUAUUGUUAUCCCUGUAUGGAUAGCGGCGCCUGGGCUGGGGUUUGCACUGUUUAUGCUGUUUUAUUGCGCGCUCACAUCUCUUUUUUGCGUGCCGUUGGAUUACGGGCCAAGAGUAGUGCAAAGUCGGAUUCAGCAUGUGAGUGGCCGGGAGAUCCGAGAUGGUGAAAACUGGGUGUUUGUGAAUGGAGUCGCAGCGGGAAACCAUUGGCUGCAAGGUAUGUUCGUUUUGGUGUCGGUACAAACCAGAGUCUGUAGGCUGGGCUAGGUGUAACUUAAUGGGUGUAGCAAAUGUCGAUAUGAUCAGCGAGAUAUUUGGUCGACCGGUGACUGGGAUACAUAAUCGGACCUAUGGAACUGUGUUUGAUCUCCUCGAGUGCCUGAUCCAACGAUGCUUCUCGUAUGCUACAAAGGAUACUAGAGUUCUAUAUGACCAUCUGAAGAGCGUACUUCUAGACAACAACAUACAAACAUGUGUUGUCAUUGCGCAUUCCCAAGGCGGAAUCAUCCUUUCCACCGCCCUAGACAGUCUUUUCGCAGAUAUUCCAAGCGGGGCAUUUGAAAAACUGGAAAUAUACACGUUCGGGUAACCAUAUAUUCUCUUGCUCCUCACCAUCCUCAUGAUCUCCGCAAUGCCUAACAUCUCACAACACAGUUGCGCAGCUAACCACUUUAACAAUCCCAUCCGUUUCGUCCCCUCCCAGCCACAGACGCCGUCGCCGGCGGACCCCCCGGCGCCGGAGGAGCGGCUGAUAAAGCAUAUAGAGCACUACUGCAACGAACACGACUUUGUCGCCCGCCUCGGCGCCCUCCAUUUCUCGAAGGACAAGCCGUCAAAUCGCUUUGUCGGCAAGGUAUUUGAAAACAAAGGUCAUGGAGGCCACUUGCUCAACCAGCACUACCUCGGUCGCAUGUUCGCCAACGACGGCUCUGACUUUCUAGACAUGGUAGUGGAGGUGAAAGAAGACAAAGCUGCACAAAGUGCUCACGCUCCUGACGAGGAAAUAACCCAGGAGGAGCUGAGAUCGUCCAGGAGUUGGCCACCUGCCCGGACCGAGUUCAGGAUGGCAUCAGUCGGGGUACCUAAGGAUCUCGGGCAGAUGAGGACGUUGGGCAGGAGCAUUGCCGUUCCUACUCCCAGCACUGGUUGGGAUUUUGUGGCAGGGCCAAGGGUGAGGGUAUCAGCAGAAAGCCAGAGUGGUAGAACAGUGAGGGAGCUCAGUCGGUUGUGGAGAUAUAAGGAUGGGAGAUCGCCGGAC